AUGCAGAUUGCUACUUCAAACUUUUUGCUCGUGGGAGCGAUCGCUGCUGCCGGGAUUGUAUCGGCCGCACCCGUGUUGAAAGGCUCUGUUGCUGUAAGUCGUCAAUUCUCUCCAGAAAGACCAUCCGUACGACGCUGACACACCUCGAACUUGUGCCCAGCUUGAAGGCAGAGCACUGCCAAGGUUGCCGCCGGUCAUCGCGUCUGAGCAUCUUGGCCUCUUGCCAAAAGAAACACAGACUGAGGUAGCUGCGCAUUCAUCCGCUUUUGCCCACGACACUGGUCUGAACGCCUUCAAAGUGACGCAAGUUCUGGAGGAGCAGAAGCACGUUGUCGGGUUGGGCCAUCAUCCUGAUGGAUCCAUCAAGCCGUACCUUUUCAAAUGGAAUGCGGACGGAACUCGCAUGUGGUACCCCCACGCCGUGUUCACGGGCCGUACCACACCGAAGGAGCUGCAUCUCUUCGAAGGCAGCCACGCGACCGAGCCCCACUCACCGACGAGCCACGAGCACUCCUCUCAUCCGUCUACUCAUAGCCAACAACUUCAGCAUUUCCCUGAGCACGUCGUGCACGUUCAGAUGCGUAGGCCUCCAGGCUACUACGACGUACCCACCAACCUCAAGUUGUUCUAG